CCGCACCAGGCGAGAUGGACUGCCUGUUUUCAGCCACGACGUGGACUCUCCUGGCCCUGCUCGUCACGCUCUUUGUCAUCUAUGGCUACUGGCCCUACAACACGUUUAAAAAACUGGGCAUCCCGGGCCCCACGCCGGUGUUCUUGUUCGGAAACAUGCUCAACUACAGGAAGGGUUUUAUUGACUUCGACAUGGAAUGCCACAAGAAAUAUGGCAAAACAUGGGGCAUCUUCGAGGGCCGUCAGCCUGUUCUGUGCAUCACGGAUUCUGCCAUGAUCAAGACGGUCCUCAUCAAGGAGUGUUACUCUCUCUUCACCAAUCGCAGAAACUUCCGUCUAAAUGGACCGCUGUACGACGCCGUGAGCAUCGCGGAGGACGAAGACUGGAAGCGGAUCCGGAGCAUCCUCUCGCCUUCGUUCACCUCCGGACGACUCAAAGAGAUGUUUGUCAUCAUGAAGCGUCACUCUGCCAACCUGGUGAGCAGCAUGAAGAAGAAGGCCGACCUCAAUCAGGCUCUGGACGUCAAGGAGUUCUUCGGCUCGUACAGCAUGGACGUGGUGACCAGCACGGCCUUCAGCGUGGACAUUGACUCCAUGAACAACCCCUCCGACCCUUUCGUCACCAACAUCAAGAAGAUGCUCAAGUUUGACUUAUUCAGCUUGAUAUUCCUCUCCAUAACCUUCUUCCCCUUCCUGGGUCCAUUCUUUGAGAAGAUGGAGUUCUCCUUCGCCCCAUCCUCGGCCUUUGACUUCUUCUACGCCGCAUUGCAGAAGAUCAAAUUCAAUCGCGAGAGCAGCGGACGAGGGAAUCGUGUGGAUUUCCUGCAGUUAAUGAUUGACUCACAGAAGAAUGACGAUGCCACUGGAGAAGACAAACAAAAAGGUCUGAGCGACCACGAGAUCCUCUCUCAAGCAAUGAUUUUCAUCUUUGCUGGCUAUGAAACCACCAGCAGCUCUCUGGGCUUCCUGGCGCACAACUUGGCCACAAACCCUCAUGUCAUGAAGAAGCUGCAGGACGAGGUGGACGCCACCUUCCCUAACAAGGCACCCAUCCAGUACCAGGAGCUGAUGGAGAUGGAGUACCUGGACAUGGUAAUCAGUGAGUCCCUUCGCAUCUACCCCAUCGUCCAGCGGUUGGACCGCGUGGCCAAGGCCAGCAUGGAGUUGGAUGGAUUGGUGAUCCCUAAAGGCAUGGCGGUCGUGGUGCCCACCUGGCCCCUGCACCGCGAUCCUGACCUGUGGCCUGAGCCUGAGAAGUUUAAACCAGAGAGGUUCAGUAAGGACAACAAGAAGUCGUUUGACCCGUACGUGUAUUUGCCAUUUGGAGCGGGACCUCGCAACUGCAUCGGGAUGCGCUUCGCAAUGGUCAGCAUGAAGUUGGCAUUGGUGGAGAUCCUGCAACGGUACAACUUUUGCAUGUGCGACGAGACCGAGGUGCCCAUCGAGAUGGCCGGGCAGGGCCUGCUGAUGCCCAAGCGACCGAUCAAACUGAAGUUGGAGCUCCGUUCAUGAAGAUGAAGAUGCGGGAAAUCAAACGGGAAAGAUGCACGCUGCGCUGACACACUAGAUUUAAAAUAGAGCACACAAUCAGAAAAAUACACUGGAAAACUUCAAAAUGUGGACAAUGAUGCAUAUAAAUGGAUUAAAGUGGGUUAUCAGUUUAAAAGUAAAAAAAAGAAAAAAGGUAGUUUUACAGGCCACCCCGCCAAAGCAAUUCCAAAAUCCAAGUACUGCACAGUAGACAUACUGGGUGGCAAAAUUUUAAAUUUUUGAAAAUGGCCAAAAUGCCCUUUAAAUGGCAGCUGUGAACCAAAAUGGAGGAAUUGCAAUUCCUUUCCUGACAUUUCUUUUUUUGAACAUUUUUAAUAUCAGUCACAAUAGACGUUCCCACUGAAGUUUAUGUUGUGAUGAGAGACGGGCUUUCAGGAAAUAAAUAAAUUGAUAAAUAAAAACAAUCAAUAUGAGAAUAAAUACCAAAAUAUUCAUUUGAAAAUUAUCAAAUAUUAAACAAAAAAAUUCAAUGAAAAAAUAAAUGAUUUUUGAAACUCUGAGACAAAUAAAAUUACAAAUAUCAAACAUUCAACACUAAUAAAUAGGUGAGAAAGUCUUGCAAAGACAAGAAGUCAACAACAUUAAAACUGCUGCUGCGUCCAAAACAAGGAAAACCACAACAUUUUUGGUACGCUGAUACCACACAAAACAUCCUUGUCGCUAGGCAACCGCCAAAACACCGCUUCCGAGCCUUAAGCAGACAUAUCUUUACCAAAUGUUGUGUAUUGUCUUUCUGAAAAUGUUUGGCGCUCAAAACAUCACCGUGUGAUCGAAUUUCGUGCUGGGGGUUAGGAUAAGUACAAAAAAACCCAUCAUACCUAAUGCAUGAAAAUAUGAGUUAGGGUUAAAAUUUCAGUAGGAAGGCAACUUUGUAAUAUAUAUGUAAUAAACAAAAUUACAUAAAGCAUUG